AUGCUAACACCUUACCUAGCUGUGUCAUAUGCUAUUCGAACUCCUUCAUAUGAUGGGCCACAGAGCGACGUUAACGGCAACUACAUGGCUUGCAACGGGCCUCCGAACCCGACUACGCCAUCCGAUAAGAUCAUCGACGUAAAGGCGGGCGAGACCGUGGGCGCCAUCUGGCGACACACACUGCAGUCUGGAGCCAACGAUGUCAUGGACCCCGGUCAUAAGGGCCCCGUAAUGGCAUACCUGAAGAAGGUCUCGGACGCAACUACGGAUAGCGGCGUUGGAGACGGCUGGUUCAAGAUCCAGGAGGAGGGUUAUAGUAACGGAAAAUGGGGUACCGACACCGUCAUCAACAAAGGCGGCAACCAACAGAUCAAGAUUCCCGAAUGCAUCGAGGAUGGCCAGUAUCUCCUCCGAGCCGAGAUGAUUGCCCUGCACGGCGCCCGAUCAGUGAACGGCGCGCAGCUCUACAUGGAGUGCGCCCAGAUCAACGUGACAGGCGGCAAGGCCACCAAGACACCAACUACGGCUAGCAUCCCCGGAAUUUACAAGUCUAACGACCCUGGCCUGCUCAUCGACAUCUACAGCAAGCCCCCAGGAACCAGCAACCCCUACAAGAUCCCUGGUCCUUCUGUAUUCACGUGCUGA